CUUUUGUUUUUUGAAAAAAGAGAGGGUGAAUUUUGUCCAUUUCUAUAGCUUUACGAGAUCAAGGCAAGAAUGGAAGCAUUGACCAUAGAUUUAGAAAACUCCGAAACAGCCUCGUUUGUAGAGAUUUAUUAUUAUUUGAUCUCUUCUUCUUUCUCUUUCUCGCUUUAUUGAUUUGAUCUAAUAGUGUUGUAAUUAUAUCAAUCAAAGCAGCCCAAUCGGCUUUUCUUGUUCUUCUUUUUCUUCAAAGCUUCGACUUUCCAGCCAACAACAACCGACCCAGAUCAGUUUUGGAAUCAAUAGUUUUGGAAUCAAAGAAGGGUUGCAAAUGCUGGGGUUCUAAUCUCGAACAUGUUGAAUACCACCUUUUGGUGUCUUUACAGCAUACCAGAUUGAGGUUUUUGUUUGCAGUAAAAGGAGAAAGGCCAAGUAAAGAUCUUGGGGUGUUUGAAUUUUUAAAUUUAAGGUUUCUGGAGAUGGCUGUUGUUCAAGAUCAGUUGGAGAUCAAGUUUAGGUUGACUGAUGGAUCAGAUAUUGGUCCUAAAACCUUUCCUGCUGCUACCAGUGUUGCAACCUUGAAGGAAAGUGUUCUUGCUCAAUGGCCUAAAGAGAAGGAGAAUGGUCCAAGGACAGUGAAAGAUGUCAAGUUAAUUAGUGCAGGAAAAAUAUUGGAGAACAACAAAACACUGGGGGAGUGCCAGAGCCCUCUUUGUGAUAUUCCCGGUGGGUUGACGACGAUGCACGUUGUUGUUCAACCUCCUUCGGAGAAAGAAAAGAAGACAACAAAUCAAGCAAAGCAGAAUAAAUGUGUUUGCGUCAUAUUAUAAUCCACAGCUCAAUAAUGGGAUUACAUCAUUUUGAGAUGAAAAGCACUUGAACUGGUAUAGAAAAUCAAGUUGGGGACUUUUCCGAUUGAUGAAGGCGGUCGACAUCAGGCAGAUUUUAUCAUAUAGGUCAUGUUUUUUUUCCUUCUCUUCUGGUUUAUGUCUCAUUUGUUUAGCCAAUCACCAUCCAUCCUCUUCAUUCACUUCUUUCGUUUACAUUAAUUAGACUUUGCUAUGAAGUUAUUGAAUCUCAGAUUUUGUGUCCAAAUUCAUCUUCCGUUGUACAAUAUUGUUUUCUAUCGUGUAAUCGAAUUCAUAUUGGCAGCCAUACUUUUACCAAUUAUAAAGAUUCAUGGUGGCUCAUAGUUUA